UGCACAUAAAACAUGACCCAGGCUGUCAGCCUCGCCUCCAGAGUGCUCCAUCGAGUGCACCUGCCUCCACAGCUGGAUGCUGCACUGGCCUCCAGAAGCUCUGACUUAGCUUUCCAGAGCUUGUCUGACAUCCCUGGGCCCUCUAUGCCAAGAUUCCUGGCAGAACUUUUCUGCAAAGGGGGGCUGUCCAGACUACAUGAACUGCAGGUUCAGGGAACUGCGCGCUACGGGCCAAUAUGGUCCGGUAGCUUCGGGACACUUCGCACUGUAUAUGUGGCCUCCCCUGCACUUGUGGAGCAGCUGCUGCGACAAGAGAGCUCCUGUCCAGAGCGCUGCAGCUUCUCAUCUUGGGCAGAGCACCGUCGCCGCUACCAACGGGCUUGCGGAUUGCUAACAGCGGAUGGUGAAGAAUGGCAGAGGCUCCGAAGUCUCCUGGCCCCGCUACUCCUCCGGCCUCAAGCAGCGGCUGGCUAUGCAGGAACUCUCGACAAAGUGGUCCGUGACCUUGUGCGACGACUAAGGCGCCAGCGGGGACGUGGCUCUGGGUUACCCAACCUCGUUCAGGAUGUGGCGGGAGAGUUUUACAAAUUUGGCCUAGAAGGCAUAGGUGUGGUGCUGCUGGGUUCGCGCCUGGGCUGCCUGGAGGCUGAAGUCCCUCCGGACACAGAGACCUUCAUCCAUGCGGUGGGCUCGGUGUUUGUGUCCACACUCAUGACCAUGGCAAUGCCCAACUGGAUGCACCGCCUUGUACCCGGACCCUGGGCCCGCCUAUGCCGAGACUGGGACCAAAUGUUCGCCUUUGCCCAGAAGCACGUGGAGCAGCGAGAAGGCGAAACAACCGUGCGAAAACAGGGAAAACUUGGGGAGAACGUGCCGUCUGGGCAUCACUUAACCAACUUCCUUUUUCGGGAAAAGUUGUCUGUCCAGUCCAUCGUGGGGAACGUGACAGAGCUACUACUGGCUGGAGUGGACACGGUAUCCAAUACGCUCUCCUGGACGCUCUAUGAGCUAUCCCGGCACCCUGAAGUCCAGUCCGCACUUUACCGUGAGAUCAAAGCUGCUGUGGACCCUGGCUCCCGUGCCCAGCCCCAAGCUCUGUCCCAGCUACGCCUGUUGAAGGCGGUGAUCAAGGAAGUGUUAAGAUUGUACCCUGUGGUACCUGGGAAUUCCCGUGUCCCAGACAGAGAUAUCUGUGUGGGUGAUUAUAUUAUCCCCCAAAAUACGCUGGUCUCUCUGUGUCACUAUGCCACUUCAAGGGACCCUGCCCAGUUUCCAGAGCCAAAUUCUUUUAAUCCAGCUCGCUGGCUGGGGGGUAGCCCAGCCCCCCACCCAUUUGCAUCUCUUCCUUUUGGCUUUGGCAAACGCAGCUGCAUUGGGAGGCGCCUGGCGGAGCUUGAACUACAAAUGGCUUUGGUCCAGAUCUUGACCCAUUUUGAGGUGCUGCCUGAGCCGGGUGCCCUCCCAGUCAGACCCAUGACCCGGACUGUCCUGGUACCCGAGAGGAGCAUCAACCUGCAGUUUGUAGACAGACAGCCCCACGGAAGGAAGCUGGAGUCAUCUGCUCUCUGUUAGGCACAGGAGGCACACCUUUCCUUGAGGCCUGUCUGUCUGGACAAACUUCAGAAAGUAGGAUGUGACCUACGUGUAAAGCGUGUGCGUGGCCUGACUCGGCUGGCUCUCACAGAACCGCAACCCUUUCUCUCGCUCGGUACUUCUCCUGGUCACUCCUCAAGGACCAAAGCCAUCAGAUUUUAACACAUCCUUAAAGAGUCAACUCGGAUGAUAGUUAAUAGCCCUGGGUGGCUUGGGGAGGGAUUCAACCCGUUCCUCCCGUGCUUACAGCGUUCGCUGGCAUGCUGUCUAAGCAUUUACCAUGGCAUGAGCUAAGUGAUUGUGUACCUGGUGUACACCUGGUGGGUCCCUGUCUAAGCACGUGAGCUCUUUGAGAAGAGUGAUGAAGUCUUAUUGGUUUAUUAGACUACUUUUUUCUUUUUUGAGUCAGACACUUGUGUGAUUCAUGCUGUCUUUGAACUCACAACCCUCUUUAUCUCACCUUUCCAAGGAUUGGGAUACUUACAGUUUUAGCAGUCUUUAAACCUCCUGUCAGGGUCCAUCUCAUCUCUGGCUACGUCACACCAUGUACAUCCUCAGAUCGAAUCUGGGCCUUGCGGCAGAAGGGAUGAACACUCACCAGGCUCUGCCUGCCCCUUUUCUCUAGGAAAGGGAGUCUGUCCCAGCCUCAUUUACGGUAUUUUAAAGCUCCGCCUUGGCUCUUCGGCCACUCUGAAGUGGUCUGCUCCACGUCUUACUUCACGUCUUUUGGCUUGUCCCUAUCCCCCAGCCUGUCUUCUUUUUUAUAUUGAAAAUAAUUUAUAUUACCAAGCGUUAAAAUAAAAU